GAAAAAUAAAUACUUAAUUCUUGAAAAAUUCACGUUCCUCUUCAAUACGCUCCAUAAAUUAUGAUACGUCUUUUUUUGCUGAACAUUUUAAAUCGCGAUAAAAUGCAACAUAACGCGCAACAUGCAAGAUCGUGAAAUGAGAAAUGACGCUGCAACAAGCAACAACUGCGUCAGCAGACGACGGUGCACAUUAGCAACGCGGGCUAUAACGUAUUCGGCUAUUGGGUUGGGCUAGGUGGCUAGGGCCCAUAUACAUACAUAUGUAGCUUAGGCCCUCUUGCCGUGCUGUACAGUACAACAAUCUCUGCUGUUGUACUGCAGCACAUAGAAGCCACUCAUCGCUGUCGUCUGCAAAGCGAUAUAAUACGAUUUUGUGCUUUUUUAUCUCGCUCAGCCUUGAGCAGUAUUAAUUGAAAUAGUGGGAUGACUAGGCUAUCUUUAUUCCUGCGACUCAUUAGAUUAGUUCUCAAGAUCCAUGCUAUGCGUAGUUCAUGACAGAAAGCUCCUCUUUUUAACUCACUGCCGAAUUUCACCCUCGGUGCUAUUAGGUUAGGAUUUUGACAAAAAAUUUAAAUCGUUCACCAAAAUGAAUCCUACGUUUGCAAUAUGUAUGGUUUUUGUGGGCUGCUGUUCCAAUCUGGUCUUCCUUGAGCUGCUGAUGAAGGAAGAUCCAGGCGGUGGUAACCUUGUGACAUUCAUGCAAUUUCUGUUCAUUGCUGUCGAUGGAUUUCUUUUUACCUCAAAAUGCGGAAGAGCUGAGACCAAGAUAGGAAUGAAGAAUUACAUGAUUUUAGUAGCCAUGUUCUUUGUAUCAAGCGUGUUUAAUAACUAUGCUUUCAAUUUCAAUAUACCAAUGCCUUUGCAUAUGAUAUUCAGAGCAGGAUCUCUGAUAGCUAAUAUGAUUAUGGGCAUCAUUAUUCUGAAGAAGAAAUACACUUUUGAUAAGUAUUUGUCUGUAUUUAUGAUAACCAUUGGUAUUAUCAUAUGUACCAUAAUCAGUGGCAAAGAAGUCAAAUCUACAGUGCCGGUCACUGCAAAUUCUGUGCCAACCUCGCCUAUGAAUGAUUUAUUCUGGUGGACUGUUGGUAUCAUACUCCUUACGGUGGCCUUAUUUAUUUCAGCCAGAAUGGGUAUCUAUCAAGAAUAUUUAUUCUCACGCUAUGGAAAAAAUCCAAGAGAAGCUUUGUACUAUACGCAUUUACUACCUCUACCAUUCUUUGUUCUGUUAAUAUCAAACUUGUGGGAUCAUGGAGUGAUAGCAAUGAAUUCUCCACAAGUGACUAUUCCUGUGAUUGGCAUCGCAAUGCCCAGAAUGAUAGCUUAUUUGAUUGGAAAUGUACUUACUCAGUACAUAUGUAUUAGUUCAGUAUUUGUAUUGACAACAGAGUGUGCUUCUUUGACAGUUACGUUAAUUUUAACGCUUCGAAAAUUUUUGUCUCUUAUAUUUUCCAUUUUAUACUUUAAAAAUCCAUUUACAAUAUACCAUUGGAUUGGAACACUCUUGGUAUUUAUUGGUACUAUUAUCUUUACCGAAGUAGUGCCUAAAAUUAAAAAGAGCGUUCAAUCGGUCUUUGGUGGCAAGCAGAAGGUUAAUUGAAAUUAAUAAAAUAUCAUUACAUUUUGAGGCAUCUUCCAAGAUUGGUAAUUUACAUACUCAUCCACGCUUACAUUCCCAAGAUUGUGCAUACACAUCACUUCGUAGUGCAAUGAGAAUCAUGGCUGGCAUUAAAUUUUAAAAUUGUGUACAUACAUUGUGCGUCUAAUUGCGCCUCAAUCAUAUAACUUUAUCGGACUCUACUGCUCCCCAACUUGAUGUACAAUCCUCGAGUACAAAAUUGGACGAGUUCAGCACGCAUUCUUGAGGUUUGUAGCAUUUAAGCUGGGGAGGCCGCUUCACCGAUUCAGUCACGAUUACAGUGAGAUUGCUGAGACCUGGCAGCUUCAGACCAUCAGCUCCCUGCACUAUGUGCAGGAUUGUGUUUUUUCGUACACGGUUAUUCAUGGUCUUAUUAACAGCGAUGAUUUGGCUGGCAGGUUCGCGGCAAGAUCACUAAACUACUCUUUACGUCGUUUUCGCGACUUGCAGGAGGACGGCUGCAAAUCGAACACCGGUUUCUUCGGCGCUGUCAAUCGCCUGAAACAUCAGUGAAAUGCGCUUCCACAGCUAGCUCGCGAUAAGCCAUAAAGAUUUACAUACUUUUAAAUCGUCCGUCCGAGCUCUCUCACUCUCUCUUUGGCAUUUUAACGAUGUCAGAUGUCAGUGCACUACAUUGUAGUUUAAACAUCGAUUAUUGUAUUUUAUUAUUUCUUUUCUCUUUCUGGCGUUUUAGUUUUACGCAUUUCCUUUCAGAUUGUAAAGGGCUUUUUAGCCCGUGUAAUUUUUAAAUAUAUAAAUAAAUAAAUAAAUGUGACAUACAAUUGUAAAUUAAUCCAUUUAAUACUGUAAAGAGAUUUUUAAAAUGAAUUUUUAAAAAGAUGUAUAAUGAUUUCUGGAAUUUGUAAUCAGAUCACAGUGCUUGUAAAUAAUAAUAUCUUUUUAAUGUUA